AUGGAGCAGAUCCUCGCUCUAGUUACUCAGCUCUACGGCAGAGUUGAGCGAAGUUACAACGCCUAUCUGGACGUUGUUGAGGUUGAGCCAACAUGGCCUCGGUUGCUCAACCUCGACCAAACCUCGGAAAUGUUUGAAUGGAGUACACAAGUACCAGAUGGGAACGGCGGCUUCCUUGAAUAUCCUCCUCAUCUCAAGGUUAUCCCGAGUGAAGACGAUGUCGGUCUGUUCAAGAUCUUUGAUAAGCUCGGCUUGAUGGAGACGCAAUGGAUCAUCAGCCCCUUCAUUCCCGAUUCCUGGUGGGGAGGCAUUGUCGAAAAGGGUGCCGAGUGGAUAAUCAAGAGAAUCAGACAAAAGACUGGAGACGUUACCGCCUGGGCUAACCAGGACCCAAACUUCAAGGCCCUCGAGUCCUACAACGAGUCGAAUCGCAAGGCAGCGACAGAUGUUGCAGAGGGCAGAAACAUUGGUCUUCUUGGUGAUUGGUAUAGUGACCGCCGCUUUGCUGAACAGGCCUUCACCGGCACCAACCCAACGACGCUCGUGAAUAUCGCAAAGACGCCUGGAAAUCUUCUUCAAGAGUUUAUUGAUACCGCCGAGCGCAAAGGAUACAAGAAGUGGCAUGAAAGGUUAAGCAAGGCCCAGUCCAACCCGGAAUCCCUCUUUGUCCAGGACCACCGCCAUUUCCGGGAGGCUUUUGGCGCGGCAUCUGACGAGGAAUUGAAACACCAAGAGCCUGGGUCUGAACUCAACUGGGCCUGUGCCGCUGUGACGCUCUUUGAGCUUCAUGAGGACGGAAGACUCCACCCUGUCGCCAUCGUGAUUGACUACAAGAUCAGCAUGGAGAAGUCGGUCACCAUAUUCAACCACAGACUGGAGCCCCGCGAGCCUGUUGGAACUGGCGCGGCCAUCCCCGAGGAGGAGAGCGAUUGGCCAUGGCGAUACGCAAAGAGCUGCGCCCAGGUCUCGGACUGGAUGCGCCACGAGGUGGGCGUCCAUCUGACUCGGGCGCACUUCAUCGAGGAGGCCAUCAUCGUCGCAACGCGCCGCACGAUUCGCAUGGACAGCAUCAUCCACACCAUUCUGUCGCCUCACUGGUACAAGACGCUGUCUCUCAACGCAGCCGCAAGAACCACGCUCGUCCCGCAGGUCAUCAAGGACUUGGUCGGCAUCAGCCCAACGUACCUUCAAAAGUACGUGCUCUACGAAUUCGAAAACUUCGACUUCGUCAAGCACUACGUUCCCAACGAUCUCAAAGAACGCGGCUUCCCCAACACCGCCGAAGGUCUGGCCGCUCCAAAGUACAAGAACUACGCCUACGCGAAGAACAUGGUUUCCAUGUGGGCGGUGAUUCGCAAAUACGUGUCCGCCAUGCUCCUGACCACAUACGACAAGGACACGGCCGAUGCGGACAUCUCCAAGGACACCCACAUUCAGAACUGGGUCAACGAAAUCCGAACCAGCGGCAGGAUCAAGUCUUUCCCCGACAUCACGACGCUGGACGCCCUCACCGACGCCCUCACCAUGUGCAUCCACAUUGCCGCGCCGUUCCACACGGCCGUCAACUAUCUGCAGAACUUCUACCAAGCGUUUGUGCCGGCCAAGCCCCCCGCCGUCUGCACAAAGCUGCCGGCGUCGCUGGAAGAGCUGCAGGGGUACACCGAGCCAGAACUCAUCAACGCACUCCCCAUUGGCCGCGAGCGGCAGUGGCUUCUGGCCGUGCAGGUGCCGUGGCUGCUCAGCUUCAAGGUCGCAGACGAGCGCAGCCUGCUCAAGUUUGCGUAUUCGCAGUCGCGAAACUACCGCAGCGGCUGGAGCAAGAAGGCAAAGGCAAUUCGUACGAUUAGCGGCCAAUUGCAUGACGACCUCAAAGAGCUGGGAACGGAAUUCGUCCUCACAAGUCAAGCCAUGGACAAGGGAAGCAUUCCCUACAUGGUCAUGGAUCCAAACGUCACGGCUGUUUCUAUUCUCAUUUAA